CAGACGUCACCGCCAUCUUGGAUUACUUUUUUAAAUCGCGCGAUGUGCUUUUUAUUGAAGGAGUUAUUGUAAAAAGUUCGAAUAUCAAAUAAGUGUUCGUGAUAAAAUUGUGGUUUAUGAUUUGUGAUAAGUGAAGACGAACAACGGCUUUAAAGUUAGAUGGGACAAUUAAAAUGUACCACAGCGCGCGGUGAAAAAUGAAGCUUGAAAUUAGUGCCAUAAUAUUAUUAAGUUAUUUUACUGUUGUGUUGUCUAAGUCUUUUGAUAUUCGAAAAUUUAAUGAUAAAAAUGAAAACGAUAUUGAUAAUGACAUAAUAGACUUCGAUGAUGAAUAUUCUGUCAAAUAUGAUAAGAAAUAUCAAGUGCUUCCGUGGGAUUCGAGUGAUUUCAACAAAGAUUCAUACAAAUACACCAUCGCGAGAGAUGAAGACACACAUACACAAAACAAAGAUGAAGAUGGAAAAGACAGAGAAACAAAAAAACAAACUACUAAAAGUCCAUACAAUGACACCACCGAAGUAACGACAGAACCCAGUGCAAUACCUAUAGAAUUACUAAGUACAACUGAAAAUUCUUUAAUAACAAUCGCAGAGAGUACAUCGGAACCUGAUUUAACUGUAAUUCCUCUAGCAUCUACAGAAAAAGUACCAUUUGUUAUUGUAAUUAACCAAACAGUCACUUUACCAGUUUCAACAGAAACACCCGAAGAUGUGAAUUCAACUACAGUAUUCUAUGAAAUGACAACAAGAUCAACGAAUUUCAAUGAAACAACACCGGAAACUAAUACAAAUAAAAUAAUAACUAAUGAAUCACAAUUGAAUUAUACAUUUGAAUCAUUUACAGAAAAUCCAGACAUAAAAUCUAUAGACGAGGAUUCAACAGAAGCUUUUAUAGUUAUUAAAAAUUUAACAAAUAAAGUACUAAAUAAAACUGAUAGUGUUCAAGAUACAAAAGUAAAUCGAAAAGGUAAUAAAAGGGAUAGUAAUGAAGAAGUCCCGAUAUUUACAGAAUUAGAUGUUGAAGAUUUAACAGAGGUGCCUGAAGAUUACUACGACACUAAAGACAUCGUUCCUACACCUGCUCCCAAGACAGAUGCUCUCUCAGUAAUAUUCGGGUUCGCUGGCAGUGUUGUUGAAAGUGUUGUGGAAAGUGUAGCUGAAAGAGUCGUUCCCAAGGGUUUAUACGAUUUAUUUAAACGAAUGCAAAGACAAAGUGAGUUAUUAGAAGCUGAGAAGUUGAGGAGUCGAGAAGAAAAUGGAGGAAUCGGUCAAUUUACUCGUGGAGUAAUCAAAACUAUUUCCUCGGGCUUGAGUAGGCCCCUCAGCCAGCUAAUGGCUGGCGCCAGGGACAUUGGUUCUUUGGACAGCGAUCAUGGCUUCAUCGGUAGCUUGGCUUCUGGCGUGACCAGUGUUGCAAAUGUUGCAAAUUCGAUGGUCGAUGUUUUUAAGGACAGAGUUCAAGCGAUUUAUCCUGGCACGAUCUGGUGUGGUGAUGGCCAUUCACCCCAAGCACGUUCUGGAGAUCUAGGUCUCUUCUUCUUCACCGACACAUGCUGUAGACAGCAUGACGCCUGCAAGAUGUACAUCUCAGCUGGUGAAACAAAGUUCGGUCUCACUAACACCGGACUUUUCACACGGUCUCACUGCAGUUGCGACGCAAAGUUCCGCGAGUGCCUCCGAAAGACUAACUCACUCGUGUCAGCGCAGAUCGGUCUCACCUACUUCAAUGUCUUGGGUCCGCAGUGCUUCAGGAAAACCCACCCUAUCGUCCGCUGUGUGAGACGUACGAGAAUAACAGGCCUCAAGUGUGAAGAAUACGAAUUGGAUUACACGAAACCGAAAAUGUGGCAAUGGUUUGACAACGAAACUUAUUAAUAACAAAAUCCCACGUGAAAAAGACGUAAUUAAUGAUAUUCAAAAUGGCUUAACAUGCGAAAUUUGACCUUAUUCUUUAAAGAUUAAGAACCAUUAUAAGUUCAAUCUUAAGCCUUUUUAACUUAUGCAUGUUGUGUAAGAAAUAAGAAUAAUUUCGCAUCGACUGUGUAUAAUUGACACAGCCAUAAUUGUUUGGGUAUAAUUGUGUUAAGUUGGUAUGUUUCUCAAAAAUGUGUUUUCGUGAUAAAAAGUAUGGCCUAUGACCAAUGAUUGUAAAUAUAAAAUAUUCCAGAUUUUCCUCUAUUUCUUCUUCAUUUUGUUACGAAAAAUCCUGUUUUACCGACGUUUCAUUUAAUCGGUAAAACAGACUUCUUGAUACGUAAAUGUCGUAGCAAUAUUUAAACUAUUAAGGGUACGUAUAGGGCAAUAAAUCAAACACAACUUACGUUUAUUUUUUUUUAUAUAAGAAACAUCAGAAUAUAUA